GACGAAGGGAAAAAAAAGUCAAGCUGCAAAUGCCAAGACUCGAAAAUUCGGCCUCUUUCCGCCGCCUUCAUGUUUCCCGGCCCAUUGCCGCGACUUUUACUCUAGGUCUAUCUGGAUACGGAGUAUUGCUUCAGCUUACAUCCGGGAACUGUCUGGGUCACUUCUCGACGGUUUUAAGUGUUUCCAGCGCUUCGAAGCCACAGAUCGCUCACCCCGUCACCUCAUUUGAGGUCCCUUCUCCGACACCUCUCCCUUCUCGGCCUCCAUCACUUCUCGUCCACCUCAAAUCAGAAUGAACAACACGUUUGCUUCCGCAUUGGCAAGAGCCCUGCCGUCCAUUGGCCGCCAAUGUCAGUCUAGAGCCUCAAUUCUCCGCCAGUCAAGGGCUUUCUCUUCGACACCACUUACUCGCGCUGGGAAAAACGAUCGGCUGGAACUCGAAAAAGAACUUCUGGGAGGAAAUGCGCCUAGAGGGCAAAAAACAGCGGAUCCCACUCUUCAAGGACUCUUGGGCGUAGCUACUCAGCCUGUGAGCCGUGACUAUACGCUCAUGGUCAAUGAUAUAGCAUCCAGGAUUCAACCCUACGCCGAUCAGGUUCCUGCACACCACCUCCACGUUUACGCCCACAAACACAAUACCAUCCUGACUCUCACACGGCCGGACGGUAGUCCAUUGUUAUCGAUGAGCUGUGGACAUCUGGGUUUCCGCAAGGGCAAGCGCGCUGGAUAUGACCCUGCCUUCCAACUGUGCUCGCACGUGUUCGCCCAGAUCCAGGAACGGGGGCUUUUAAUGAACAUCCAAAAUCUCGAAAUCAUUUACCGUGGAUUCCACCAAGGCCGCGAGGCAUUCAACAAAAUUCUACUGGGUAAUGAGGGGAGGAAUAUCCGAGGAAAGGUGUCGAAGGUAUCUGACUCAACCAGGUUAAAGUUUGGUGGAACAAGGAGCCCGAGACAGCGCAGGCUGGGUUAGGUUGUUACUCUGUAACGAGUACGCUCGGCUCAUUCGCUGGGAGAUGGGAUUGUUGUUUUGUAGUCAUCGUUGGGCCAUGUAUAUUAUAUCUUUCUAUUUUCUCGCAUAUGCCACAGGAAUGCCACACAUAUCAAUACUAGUCGUAUACACUGAAACUUUCAUGCUAGUAUACUCUAGAUUAUUUGGGAUCAGGUCACUAGCGGUGCUGAAAGAUCGAC